AUGGCGCUGCUCUGCUACAACCGUGGCUGCGGCCAGCGCUUCGAUGCCAACAGCAACGCCGACGAUGCUUGCACAUACCACCCAGGUGUACCAGUCUUCCAUGAUGCAUUAAAGGGUUGGUCUUACUAUAGGAGAAGAACAACGGAUUUUUCUGAUUUUUUAAGCAUUGUAGGCUGUACAAAAGGCAGGCAUAAUAGUGAAAAGCCACCUGAGCCAGUCAAACCUGAAGUCAAGACUACUGAGAAGAAAGAACUAUCUGAAUUGAAACCCAAAUUUCAGGAGCACAUCAUUCAAGCCCCUAAACCAGUAGAAGCAAUAAAGAGGCCAAGCCCAGAUGAACCAAUGACAAGUUUGGAAUUAAAAGUAUCUGCCUCCCUAAAACAAGCCCUGGAUAAACUUAAACUGUCAUCUGGGAAUGAAAAAGACAAAGAAGACAGUGAUGAAAUUAAGAUUGGGACCUCAUGUAAAAAUGGAGGGUGUACAAAGACAUAUCAAGGUCUACAGAGUCUAGAAGUCUGUAUAUCAUUCUGGUGUACCUAUUUUCCAUGA